AUGAAAAACAUCCGGCGAAUAGCAAUCUACUGGAAGGAGGAACUAGGCAGGAAAGCGGGAUCAGUGCAACGAUUGGUCAUCAUGCUCAUUCUAUAUUUAGAAGUUCACUUUUGGUGGCUCAAAAGCGUGGGAAAGGAAAUUGCUUCCUCAUACUUCGUACCUAGUACUUACCGUUGA